UAAAUAAUAUAUCUUCCUUAAACAAUUAAUAUUCUUUAUGUUUGUGGAGACAUAUAUAAUUUGUUGUUUCUAAUGGUUUAGAAUGAAGUUGAUAUUAUGAAGUGGAGAGUGAAGAAACUUAGUUGACGAGUAAGAAGCUUUCAAUUAAUCUUAUUGUUUAUAGAUGUUUAUCUUUAAUUUUGAACAAUUUGUAUUGAUCAUUUGCGGUUUGCUUGUAUGCUCUAGAUUGGUGUUUUUUGUAUGAGAAAAUUAAUGUUAUAAACUUUUAUUUUGAAAGAAACUUGUUAUUGUAAAUUUUUUACCACAAAAACCCACGGGUACCCAUGAACCCGCGGAUACCCAGCGAGUUGAGUUGGGUUUGAGUUUUUCAAACUCAGCGGGUUUUACCCCGGAUUUUUUUGACGGAUAAACCCAUGAGUUUGAGUUUGGGUUUGACAAAACCCGCCCCAAGCCGACCCAUUGCCAUCCCUAUUUAUAGCCCCCAUAGUAAACUCUCCCUUCUAUUCUAUACCCAAACUUUUGGACGUAUCUGAAGUGGACUGAACACGUACCCUUUAUAUAAACCCACACCUUUCUCUCUCUCUCUCUCUCUCUCUCUCUCUCUCUCUCUCUCUCUCACAACACCACAAUUUCCCUCUCUCUACACCAUGGUGGUUCCUACUGCAUCUAAUGUUGGUGCUGAGAAGCCCUACGAAAUCCCCUUCUUCGACUUCGGCGCCGCCGGGGAAGAAGAGAUCACAACCGUCGACGGCGGGGAGCGGUGGAGGGAGCUGUGCGACAAGGUGCGGGAGGCGUGCGAGACUCACGGCUGCUUCUGCUUCACGACGGUGAAGGCCCCCCUGAAGUUGAGGGAAGGGAUGGCGGAAGGGCUGCGUCAGCUGUUCGACCUCCCCGUGGAGACCAAGGAGAGGCACGUCAGCCCUAAGCCGUACCGGAGCUACUUGGGGAAGAAAGACGCCGUCCCUUACCUCGAGAGCUUCGGCAUCGACGACCAGGCUCCCGACGUUGACGAUGAGGCGGCGCUCAAGGCUUUUACUGCCCUCAUGUGGGCCCAAGGCAACCCUGAAUUCCGCGAAUCAGCGAGCGAGAUGAGGGCCAAGAUGCUGGACAUGAACCUCCUCAUCAUGAAAAUGCUACUCGCCAGCUACGGCCUCGUUACUACCCUAUCCCACGCGGCGGCGGACACCACCACCAGCUACUUCCGACUCAUGAAGUACAAUGUCCCUCCCGCCGCCGCCGGGAUCGGGAUGGUGGCCCACACCGACAAGAGCACCCUCACCAUCCUGGGCCAGAACGACGUCCAGGGCCUCGAGGUCCAGCCCAAAGACAGGACCGACGACAGCUGCUGGGUCCAGGUCGUCAUUCCCGAGGGCGCGUUCGUGGCCAUCGUCGGGGACGCGCUCAAGGCAUGGAGCAACGGGCGGGUCCACUCGGUUCGGCACCGGGUCGUGCUCAGAGGGGAGAAGGAGCGGUACUCGUGGGGCAGUUUCUUGGCGCCCAAGGACGACGCGACGGUCGAGGCGCCGGCGGAGUUGGUGGACAAAGACCACCCGCUGCUGUACCGCCCAUUCGCCUACGCCGACUUCCUCCUGUAUUGCUCCGUCUCCAAGUUGAAGGAAGAUGCGCUCAAGGUUUUCGCUGGCUUGUCGACGUCGCCCGUCGAUGAUGGUGAACGCAGUAAUCUGAAAUAAUAAAGAUCUUCUGCUUCGGCGGCCAUGGACAAGUCUCGCGUUUAUACUGCCUUGCUGUAAAAGUAAAACGUACAACGUUGCUGUAGCUGCCUUGCUGGCCCAUGCUAGCUCUCAAAUUUUUUUAUAUAAUUUUCAGCCUGCUAGGGCUCAACAUUGGCUACGCCAUCAUUCCCUUAACUAAGAUGAAUUAGGGUGUCAUCAUAUAGAGUACAUCAUACACUAAUAAUGCACUUAAUUAUCG